UUCCUACGCAUCCCACAUCCUUCUCUCUCUCCCCUAUCUCUCUUGUAACGUUUCUUUUUUUACAUAGUUCCCUCCCAUAGAAAAAAAAAUAUAUCAAAAGAACCCCUAGAAACUAGAAGCCGAAGAAUCUCUUACUCGUUGUCGGAUACACCAGAUUUGUUACUCGCUGAUAAUCCUUAUAAUGAUUAAUUUCGAGGCGACGGAGCUGAGGUUAGGCCUUCCUGGUGGGAAUCACGGUGGAGAUAUGGCCGCCGUAAAAAAUAAUGGGAAAAGAGGAUUCUCUGAGACCGUUGAUCUCAAACUUAAUCUUUCAUCGACGGCUAUGGAUUCGGUUUCCGGAGCUCAGCUCGAGGAUAUCAAGGAGAAAGACGUCGUUAAACCACCAGCAAAGACACAAGUGGUGGGAUGGCCACCGGUAAGAUCUUUCCGCAAGAAUGUCAUGUCCGGCCAAAAACCGAUCACCGGAGAUGCCGUUGAAGGAAACGAUAAGACUUCCGGCAGCAGUGGAGCCACUUCAUCCGCCUCCGCAUGUGCCGCUGCUGCUGCUGCUGCUUACGUGAAGGUUAGCAUGGACGGCGCACCGUACCUAAGAAAAAUUGACCUGAAACUCUACAAAACUUACCAAGAUCUCUCCGACGCCUUAAGCAAAAUGUUCAGCUCUUUUACCAUCGGCAACUGUGGACCACAAGGAAUGAAAGAUUUUAUGAACGAGAGUAAAUUGAUCGAUCUUCUAAACGGAUCUGAUUAUGUUCCAACUUAUGAAGAUAAGGAUGGUGACUGGAUGCUCGUAGGAGACGUACCCUGGGAGAUGUUUGUUGAUUCAUGCAAACGUAUACGAAUUAUGAAGGGAUCAGAAGCAAUCGGACUUGCUCCAAGGGCAUUAGAAAAGUGCAAGAACAGAAGUUGAGAGAGUUCUUGACGAGGUUUCUUGUUCUUCUUACCCAAAAAGGAAAGAAAGACCGGUUUUGAUCGGUUGGAUAUCUCGAUCUCAAACCGAGAAAAGCCAAACCGGCUCGAAACUAUACUGUUCCGAGCAGGGAGUUUGCGUAUAAGUAAUACUCCAAUAUUAAUAUUUGUGAUGUAUUAUUACAUUUUAAAACCGUUUUUGUUAUAUGUAUUUAUAAUAAAUAUGUAUAUUUUAUUGUUAGGUUGCAUCUAUUUUCGUACGUUUAACAACAAUUUUUGUUGUUUUUACGCAUUAAUCGUGUUGUCUAUAUGGUCAGCGUCCGUAAGGCAUCUCUUAAUGUGUUGUUACUCUGACGUGUCAAAUUUCACGUUUACAGUACUUUCUCGUAAUUA